AUGGAUGAAUGGCGCCGAGGGUCUCUUGGAAGAGAGAGCAUGUUGAUUCGCCAGGCCCUGCCGGGCGAGACGACUCAGCUGUAUCCCCUCGAAAGCCUUCUUCUUAGCCAAUCUCGCCCAGCUAGGUACAGUAAGGUGGGUCAAUCUGCCGAAAAACUGGAUCACGGGGCGCCCAAACUGCAAAUUUGCCGAUGUUGUCGAUGCAAAGUGGAGCCUAACAUAUCUUUUUAA